AUGAACAAUUUGUUCUUUAAAAGCGCUCUCUCUCUUAUAACAAUCUUUCUUGGGCAUUUCUCUGUUAGAGUAAUGCCAAUUCUAAGAACUGGUAAGUGUAUCAUGCUCUUCCUUUUAGUGAUUCUGGGCUUGAUCCUGAUUUGGAGAUCUUUUGGUUUUCAUUCAAAAGGAAAAUAUCGGUUUAUUAAUCCGAUUCUGAUUUUCUUUUUUUUCUAUUUAUUUCUCUUUUUUCUAAAGAACUCUUUGCUAUCCCAUUUAGGGAUUUUGGGUUCUCACCUUCUCUCUGGGAUUUGCGUUUUGAGUGUCGGGGGAUCACUUCCUCUUCCGGGCCCUUCCAACCCCUCCUCCUCGGAAGAUUCAUCCGACCUCCAGGUCCUGUCGGAGCCUUGGCCCGUGACUCACAAUGUAGGCUAUGAAUCUUCGCUCCGAAAUCGGAUUUUUAGACUGGAAAAUUCAAAUAGCCCUUUUCUGCUCUCUAAAGAGAGGGGGGAGUAUUGGGCAGAAGUAAAGAAGGAACUCUACAAUUGUCCCUCUCAACGGGAAUAUAACCGAUUGCUCGAGUUCGAGAAUAGGGAUCUCCAGAUCCGGGAGCUGCGACACUCUUGCUAUUGUCAAUUUCAACGACUUUUUACUGAUCAUCCUGCCUUGGCAGAAAAUGCCGAUUCCAACCCCCAAGAAGCCUUACUGUACUUUUUUAAUGAGAAAGGCCAUGAACUUGACCAAGAGGGCGGAACCCCGUUAGUAAAAGACCGGAGAGAACUCCGCUUUUUGGAUCAACUUUUACAUGAUCUCCGAAAAAAUGGAAUAAACUCCGUCUAUUUCAAUAUUCCAUUUGGGUAA